CGCGACUGUUCAACGCGGGUGAUUCCACCCUCCCACCAACACCACCCCUUUCUUUUUUAAGUAAUGAUUGUAAUCAGCACGGCGCUCUCUACCUUGGCCAUUUCUUUUCUCUCAUUUAUUUAGUCUUUCGGCCUCAAGAAGCUGGCAUUUCCCAGCAAGCACCUACCGAGGCUGUGGACCAAUGCCCCUACCCUCGACCGUUUCCCGAGAACCACCACGUCUAACGCAUUCCACCCUCCGAGGCCGCAACGUUGCAUAGGUCUUGGAGACAUUCACUGGCAGCUCUGAGCUGCGCCGUUCGCAAUCAUGGCGACCCAUCAUAAUUUCGAGGCCAUGGCGGCCAAACUGGAUGACCCGAAUUCAGAUCUCAGAGCGAAAGGAGCUCAGGCGGUCGACAUUCGAGAUAAUAUAGAGAACUACUCUCAAGGGCCCCAGUAUGUCUCGUUCUUGCAGCACAUGGUUCCAGUGUUCCUGAAGAUUCUGGAUGGGAAUCCCAUCUUUAUAUCUACAUCCCCAGAGCAGCGCAUACGGAACUGCAUACUGGACAUCCUGCAUAAGCUUCCCAUGAACCCCACCGAAGCCGUCGAACCUCAUGCGGCAAAGAUUGUUGACAAACUGAUGGGCCUGGUCAGGAUAGAAAAUGAAGACAACGCGGUUCUGUGCUUGAAGACUAUCAUGGAUUUCCAGCGCGCUCAGACGAAGGCCCUCGCAGACCGGGUACAGCCCUUCUUGGAUUUGAUCCAAGAAAUGUUCGAGACUAUGGAGCAAGCGGUUCAGGAUACAUUCGACAAUCCAGCGCCGGCGCCUGCCACCCAAGGUGUUCCUUCGACUCCGAACAACCACCAGUAUUCACAAUCGCCACGGCCGGGCUCCCCUGCGAUAUCGCUGAAUGCGGGACCUACAGGCGACAUUGGGUCAGAACAACAACAGGCGCGGAUGCUAUUGAAGGGCAUGCAGUCGUUCAAGGUUCUCUCCGAGUGUCCCAUCAUCGUGGUGUCGCUCUUCCAGGCCUACAGGAAUUGCGUAAACAAGAACGUGAAGCUCUUCGUUCCACUAAUCAAGAAUGUUCUCUUGCUUCAGGCGAAACCCCAAGAGAAGGCACAUCAAGAUGCCGAGAAAGAGGGGAGGAUCUUCACGGGCGUUAGCAAGGAUAUUCGAAACCGGGCAGCUUUCGGAGAGUUCAUCACGGCCCAAGUCAAGACUAUGAGCUUUCUGGCGUAUCUAUUACGGGUGUACGCGCAGCAGCUAAACGACUUCCUUCCGACGCUUCCGGAUAUCGUUGUGCGGUUGUUGAAGGACUGUCCUAGGGAAAAGUCGGGGGCGAGGAAAGAGCUUCUGGUGGCCAUCCGGCAUAUAAUAAACUUCAAUUUUCGGAAAAUCUUUCUGAAAAAGAUUGAUGAACUGCUAGAUGAGCGUACCCUGAUUGGAGACGGGUUGACCGUAUACGAAACCAUGCGGCCGCUGGCAUAUAGCAUGCUUGCAGACUUGAUCCACCAUCUCAGAGACACUCUAUCCAAAGAGCAGAUUCGCCGUACCGUAGAGGUCUAUACCAAGAACCUACACGACACCUUCCCGGGAACAAGCUUCCAGACCAUGAGUGCGAAGCUGCUACUAAACAUGGCGGAGUGUAUCGCGAAACUGGAGCCGAAGGAAGAUGCGCGAUACUUUUUGAUCAUGAUCCUGAAUGCGAUUGGGGACAAGUUCGCAGCAAUGAACCGGCAGUAUCACAACGCGGAUAAGAUUUCAUUACAGUACAGCCAGCCGUCGAUCGAUGCAUUACCUGAGAACAACAUGGCGGACAAGGACCAUCCACCGGAUUGGGACGAGAUUGAUAUCUUUAAUGCUACCCCGAUCAAAACAUCUAAUCCUCGCGAAAGGAGCUCCAACCCCAUUGCAGACAACAAGUUCCUCUUCAAGAAUCUCCUCCACGGAUUGAAGAACCUGUUCUACCAGCUGCGAGCCUGCAACCCUGCCAAGAUCAAGGAUGAAAUCGACUCCGCUAACGCAUCAGCCAAUUGGCACGAAGUGUCUUUUGGAUACAACGCUGAGGAAGUAGAGGUGCUUAUCAAGCUCUUCCGGGAAGGGGCGAAGGUCUUCCGCUAUUAUGGACUGGAUAAGGCGAAUUCCGAAACACAGGUCCUGACGCCAGGCGAUCUGAUGGCAAAUCAGCAUAUGAUGUCUAGUGGCAAGGAAGAGAAGGAGCUGCUCGAGACAUUCGCAACGGUAUUCCACCACAUCGACCCAGCUACAUUCCACGAGGUUUUCUCGUCCGAAAUACCCCAUCUUUACGACAUGAUGUUUAAUCAUCCUGCGUUGUUACAUGUACCACAGUUUCUGCUUGCAAGCGAAGCAACCUCGCCUAGCUUUGCAGGUAUGCUAUUACAGUUCUUGAUGGAUCGCAUAGAAGAAGUAGGAACUGCGAACGUCAAAAAGUCGUCUAUCCUUCUUCGGCUAUUCAAGCUCUCCUUCAUGGCGGUCACCCUUUUCUCGCAGCAGAAUGAACAGGUCCUUCUGCCACACGUCGGCAAGAUCAUCACCAAAUCGAUUCAGCUGUCCACAACGGCCGAGGAGCCAAUGAACUACUUCCUUCUACUACGGUCACUGUUCCGGAGUAUUGGUGGUGGGCGCUUCGAGCAUCUCUACAAGGAGAUUCUGCCUCUUCUGGAGAUGUUGCUUGACGUGCUCAACAAUCUUUUGAUCACGGCGCGCAAGCCAGCUGAACGAGAUCUAUUCGUGGAGCUAUCACUUACAGUUCCAGCCCGUCUUAGUAAUCUCCUGCCGCAUCUCAGCUACCUUAUGAGGCCACUGGUGGUAGCUUUGCGAGCUGGAUCAGAACUUGUCGGGCAAGGUCUGCGGACUCUCGAACUUUGCGUUGACAAUUUGACGGCCGACUACUUGGACCCGAUCAUGGCACCUGUCAUCGAUGAACUCAUGGCUGCACUGUGGGAGCACCUCAAGCCCAAUCCGUACAGCCAUUUCCACGCGCACACCACGAUGCGAAUCCUAGGAAAGCUCGGUGGACGCAACCGCAAAUUCAUUACUGGACCGCCCGAGCUCGAGCUCAAACCAUAUUCAGAUGAUCAGUCAUCGAUCGAUAUUAGACUAAUUGGAUCCACGAAGGACCGCGCUUUUCCUGCAGCAAUAGGUAUCGACACCGCUAUCGCAAAGCUACAUGAAAUACCAAAGCCACCCGCAGCAAAGAAGUCCGAUCCCUUCCACAAACAACAGGCGUUCCGCCUUAUUGUGGCCCAUACAAAGCUGAUGGUUGGAUUCGACAAUUUGCCGGACGACUUUGCGCAGCUUGUCCGCCUUCAAGCAAAUGACAUGGUAUCGAAGAAAUUCGACGUCGGCAGCGACCUUAUGACUGUCUCUGAGCGUGAAAAGUCAAUCAUCAAGAGAGGCGUUGAGCAAGAAACAAUGAAGAAGCUGUUAAAAGCUUGCGUAUUUGCAGUCUCGAUUCCAGACCUAAAAUCCGACGCCGAAGCAUUUGUUACGAAUCUUGCGAAGCAUUUCACUUUACUAGAAGUUGGGAAUUGCUUUGCCCAUAUGAAACAUAGGGGGAAGCCCUUUGAUGUUAACUCUGGAGAAGGACCAGUCUGCAUCGAGAGCGACGUGAUCGCAGAAGCUAUCGGAGACUCAUUAGCUUCAGAUCACGUGGCAGUGCGAGAAGCGGCCGAGCAAGCAGUCAUGACCAUGCGCGAUGCUGCGAAGGCUAUCUUCGGGUCUCAGGAGAAACUUGACAAGUUCCCAUUUUUCGAAGAGCUUUCCAAGACGUUCUGCCACAACUGUCACGGAGAUGACUGGUUCAUGAAGUCUGGAGGUACUCGUGGUAUUGAGAUCAUAACCAAGAAACUGGACCUUGGUACAGGCUGGAUGAUUGCCCGUCAUUUCGAACUCAUAAGGGCUUUGAACUUCGUGAUGAAGGACAUGCCAGUUGACCUCGACUCGAAGACUCGUGUCCAAGCUGAAGGACUAUUGGAGGAUCUCAUCCGAAAAUGCCACAAGCCGACGUCAAAGGAAGAUUUUGAGAAACCGAACAACAUGCUGUUGAGGCUUUGCGGCCAGUUCGUUGGCGACUUGUCACACAUGAACAAAAACGUGCGCGAGGCCACUCAGAGAGCUUUCCAAGUUCUAGCUGAGGUUACUGGCCUUGGUGUGCAUGAGCUUAUCAUGCCGGUCAAAGAUAGGCUCGUGGUACCAAUUUGGACGAAACCACUUCGAGCGUUGCCAUUUAGCAUUCAGAUCGCUUACAUCGACGCGAUAACGUUUUGCUUGAAGCUCAAGAAUAACAUCCUCGAAUUCAACGAUCAGCUCACGCGACUCUUGAUGGAAUCCUUGGCGCUAGCUGAUGCGGAGGAUGAAGGUCUUGCUACGAAACCUUUCGAGCAACGGAAUGCUGAACACAUUGUUAACCUGCGAGUAGCUUGCAUUCGGCUUCUCUCAACUGCCCAGACCUUUCCCGAAUUCAACAGCACCCCGCCAAACCAGACCUUCCUCCGCAUCAUUGCCGUCUUCUUCAAGUGCCUCUACUCUAAAUCUCCUGAGGUUAUUGAAGCAGCGAACCAAGGCUUGUCAGGUGUUAUAUCUGCAUCAAGCAAACUGCCAAAAGAUGUUCUUCAAAGUGGACUCCGACCGAUUCUUAUCAACCUCCAAGAUCCGCGGAAAUUGUCAAUUGAGGGUCUUGAUGGUCUCGCUCGCCUCUUGAAGCUCUUGACGAACUACUUCAAAGUGGAGAUUGGUACUCGUCUUCUGGACCAUUUGAAGACCAUUGCAGAUCCAGUCAGCCUGCAAAAGAUCUCCUUUACUAUGGUCGAGCAGAAUCCGAAGAUGAAGAUUGUUACAGGAAUAUUCAACGUCUUCCAUCUUUUACCCCCGGCAGCGGCGACAUUCCUUAAACAAAUCACGGAGAAGGUCAUCGAACUCGAGACUGCUCUGCGACGCACACACUACAGUCCGUUCCGAGCGCCACUGAUUAGGUACUUGUGCAUGUAUCCCAAGGAUGCUUGGGAUUUCUUUGCGCCGAAUAUGAAGGAUCAGACCCAAGGUCGCUUCUUUGCCCAGCUACUUGAGAAUGAGGCUAGUGGUCCGCUUCGAAAGGAAGUCAUGGAGGAUGUUCCCAAGUUCUUGAGCACCUUUGAAAUUGAAGGAUCAGAGAAGGAGAAGUGCCAGGCGCAACUCAACGCCAUUCACGUUGCUUUUGCCAUAAGCCAGUUUGAAGGGUCGAGUAAAUGGUUGGUUUCCCAAGAGAAUCUGAGGAAGGCCCUUUUCGAGGCCGCCAAAUCCUUGGAAAAGAAGCUUCGACGGAAUAGCAUGGAUCCCGAACUCCGACUCGCGACCGAACAAGCUGGCGAGCAGAUCAUGGUGGUGUUCACGACCUAUCUUAUGCAAGAGCCGAACAACCUCGAUUUCUUCUUUGAGCUGGUCGACGCUGUUACCUCGGAGGAGCUUAAAAUUUGUCCACGGCUCUUUGACUUCAUUUACAAGGAGAUGAUAUCGAACGAGUCGGCAGAGUAUUGGAAGACAAUGGUUCAUAAGUGUAUCGAUCUAUACACUUCGCGGAACACGUCACAAAAGACGAAGACCUUCAUAUUCCGGAACAUCGUCAACCCAAUCUUCGCUAUGGAUGUGAAACGCAAUUGGGAUCACCUUUUUGGACAAGCCAAGGGGACGAAGUUGAUGGAUCGUGGUAUGACCGAAAAGAUUCACAACCGACUGUGGCUACCACAGUCGUUAACCGAUACCUCGGAAGAAACUGCUCAGCUUGGUGUGGACCAUUCGCGAAUGGAGCUGCUCCAACUUACGACCCUUCUCCUCAAACAUCACUCGAAUCUCAUCCAAGAAGCCCGUAAGGACGUCAUCAAGUUUGCGUGGAACUACAUUAGGUUGGAGGAUAUCAUAAAUAAGUAUGCGGCUUAUGUCUUGAUCGCCUUCUUCAUAGCUCAGUACGACACACCGAUGAAGAUUGCCAUCCAGGUAUACCAGGCUCUCUUAAAAGCCCACCAGAAUGAGGGUAGGUCUUUGGUAAUGCAGGCUCUUGAGCUUUUGGCACCUGUGUUGAGCAAGCGAAUGGGUGGUGAUCAAAAGCUAGCCAUUCCUCGAUGGGCACAGUUCCCCCGCAAGAUUCUAGCCGAGGAGAGCUCAAACUUACAACAGUUGAUGAGCAUUUUCAAUUUCCUCGUGCGACACCCAGAUCUUUUCUACGAGGCUCGAGAGCCGCUCUCUUCAAUCAUCAUAACGGCACUUUCGAAGAUUGCCCAACCACCGAAUCCCUCAACAGAAGCUAAGAAGUUGGCAUUGAAUCUCAUUAGCCUCAUUCGGUCCUGGGAAGAGCGGACUGCGAGGGAGCCUGCAAAUACGGUAGAGAGGGGGUCACAGUCACCACAAGCCGUCAAACGGAGGGCUGAUGGGUCGAUUAUUCCUCCUGGCCCCCUUCCAAAAGGAUUUGUGGCUCUCUUCGGUGUUCGCAUGGUGCUCAUCAAGUAUCUCAUCCAGUUCAUUGCGUAUCUACCAGAGCGAUUUCCUGUCGCCACACCGAAGCCCAAAGAGCUUGCGAAUCCUAGCCCUAACGCUACCCAAACUGCCGAUAUUUGCAAGAAAGCCCUACAUCUACUCCAUGAUCUCCUUUCGCCUCGUCUCUGGAGGGACUUGGAUCUUGAUCUCAUGUUAUCAAAGAAGAUUGAAGAGAUCCUCCUUGAGGAAAUGCAACAGGAGGAGAAGGUAGAGGCAUUCAACACCCGAAUGAUCAACACGCUCCAGAUCGUUAAAGUCAUUGUCAAUGUCAAGCCGGAUGAGUGGAUUCUCGAGCGCCUUCCUAGGUUGCAGAAGAUUUUGGAUAAAGCUGUCCGCUCCGAGAACGCAGAUGUCCAGGCGAGUCUUCAUGCAGCUGACGAGAACGCCGAUGGGACCGUCUUCCUACAGCCAUUGCUGAAGCGCAUUCUGGAUGUUAUGCCAGAGCCUGUUACCGAUGAAGAGGGUAUUUCUGAAGAUACGCCUUCGACAGAUUUUGUUAACGCUUUGGGUGCGGUUGCCACAGAGGCCCUGUCAAAUGGAUCUUAUGUCUCCGCAAUCAACAUCCUUUGGACUCUGUGCCAGAAGCGUCCGGAAGAAAUUAAUCAGCAAAUUAUCCCCCAGAUCAUGAAGGCAUUUCAAGGCAAGAUGGCGAAAGAUCACCUUGCCGCCCAUAGCGGAAUGCCUGGUCAGCCUGGCAUACCUCCUGGAAUGCGCCCUGACAGUGCCAAUCCACCCACGGAUCCUUGCGAAGUCGAGGUUCAGACUGAUUUGGUUCUUAAAGUUGUCGAUAUUCUUGCCCUACGGAUGAACGAGCUUGGAGAGAACCGACGACCCUAUCUCAGCGUCCUCGCUUCGCUUGUCGAACGUUCCCAGAGUAACGCAGUCUGCAUGAAGAUUCUUGAUUUGGUAGAGCAAUGGAUCUUCCACUCGACGGAACCAGUACCAACGCUUAAGGAAAAGACUGCAGUGCUGAGCAAGAUGCUACUUUUUGAGCACCGGCCAGACACAACUUUGCUGACUCGCUUCCUCGAUUUAGUUAUCCGAAUCUACGAGGACGCGAAGAUCACGCGGUCAGAGCUUACAGUUCGAAUGGAACAUGCUUUCUUAAUCGGAACACGAGCGCAAGAUGUUCAUAUGCGGAAUCGUUAUAUGACGAUAUUCGAUAAGAGCUUGAGUCGGACCGCUUCAAGUCGAUUGAGUUACGUUCUGGCAUCUCAAAAUUGGGACACGCUUAGCGAUAGCUUCUGGCUUAGUCAGGUGAUUCACUUGAUGUUCGGAUCAGUCGAGAUGAACGCACCUGCCCAGCUACACUCCGAGGACUUUAAAAUCAUGCAGCCAACUAGUUUGUUUGGGACUUACAAGCAAGACUCUAGGAUCGCGGACGUUAUGGUCGACGAUGAACUGGAAAUCUUCGUAAGCAACCAUCGGCGAUUCUGCGCUCAACUGGGUGAUGUCAAGAUCCGCGACAUUUUCGAACCACUUGGGCAUCUACAGCAUACGGAUAGCGAUCUCGCACAUAAUAUUUGGGUUGCUUUCUUUCCCUUGGCUUGGACGGCCCUCACGAAAGACGACCAGAACGACCUGGAAAAGGGUAUCGCUUCGCUACUUACGAAGGACUACCAUUCCCGCCAGAUCGACAAGCGACCGAAUUGCGUUGCGACAAUGCUUGACGCUGUUGUCCACGCACGGCCUCGUGUUAAGUUCCCGCCCCAUAUCAUGAAGUAUCUGGCUCGAACUUAUAAUGCUUGGUACACUGGUGCUGUUUACAUGGAAGAUUCAGCCAUCACCCCGAUCGUGGACACGGAGAAACUUCGCGAGAGCAACCUCGAUGCUCUCCUUGAGAUCUAUAGCGGCUUGCAAGAAGAUGAUCUUUUCUACGGAACUUGGCGACGACGAUGUCAAUUCAUUGAGAGUAACGCGGCUCUUUCGUAUGAGCAAUGUGGCAUUUGGGACAAGGCACAACAGAUGUAUGAGGCUGCUCAGAUCAAAGCCCGUACGUCUGUUCUACCCUUCUCAACUGGCGAAUAUAUGCUCUGGGAAGAUCAUUGGGUGAUUUGUGCCCAAAAAUUACAGCAGUGGGAGGUCUUAAGCGAUUUUGCUAAGCACGAGAACUUUAACGACCUGUAUCUGGAGGCAACCUGGAGACAUUUCGAGGCCUGGCAGAAUAACGAGCAACGAGAACAGCUAGACUCCAUCAUCAAGGCUGUUAGUGAUGCACCUACACCCCGACGAGUUUUCUUCCAGACAUUCAUGUCACUUCUCAAACUGCACGCGAAGUUGGAAACGCAACCGGAGUUCCACAGACUUUGCGACGAAUCGAUCCAGCUCUCCAUCCGGAAAUGGCACCAGUUGCCACGCCGCAUCACAAAUGCUCACAUUCCGAUACUCCAGCAUUUUCAGCAACUAGUGGAGCUCCACGACGCGAGCGUUAUCUGCCAGAGCCUCGCGCAGACCACUCAAGCUAACCUUGAUCACAAGUCGCAAGAGCUCAAGCUGCUUCUCAGUACCUGGCGUGAUCGCCUGCCCAAUUUCUGGGACGAUAUCAAUGCAUGGCAAGAUUUAGUCACAUGGCGCCAGCACAUCUUCCAGAUGAUCAAUGGUGUCUAUCUGCAGCUGCUCCCACCAAAUCCCCAAAACAACAAUAGCGGCGGCAAUUCUUUCGCUUACCGUGGAUACCACGAAACGGCCUGGAUCAUCAAUAGGUUCGCUCAUGUGGCCAGGAAGCACAACCUUCCCGAUGUCUGCAUCCAGCAACUUAGUCGAAUAUACACGCUACCAAACAUUGAAAUCCAGGAAGCUUUCCUCAAGCUUCGAGAGCAAGCGAAGUGUCACUACCAGAAUCGCACCGAACUUAAUAGCGGCCUCGAUGUUAUCAACAACACAAACCUCAACUACUUUGGUCCACAGCAGAAGGCUGAAUUUUACACACUCAAGGGAAUGUUCCUUGCGAAGCUGGGACAGAAAACUGAAGCCAAUGAUGCUUUCGGUAGUGCGCUUUUCUUCGAUAUCAAGCUGCCAAAAGCCUGGGCUGAGUGGGGCCGGUACAACGAUAUGCUCUUCAAAGAAGACCCUACGAAUUUGGAGAAGGCUGAAGCUGCGCUCAGUUGCUACCUCGAGGCCGCGAGUCAGUUCAAGAAUGCGAAGUCCAGGAAGCUACUGGGACGUGUACUGUGGUUACUCAGCUUAGACAAUCCUGAGCGUCGACUAGCUGAGAAGUUUGAGGAAUUUAAGGGUGACACUCCCGCAUGGUACUGGAUUACGUAUAUCCCUCAACUGCUCAACAGCUUAUCUCGACCCGAAGCCCCAAUUGCGCGUCAGAUCCUUGGGAAAUUGGCCAAGACUUAUCCUCAAGCUCUCUAUUGUCAUCUUAGGAUGACAAGGGAGGAUUUGGCAGUUGUUAAGAAAAGUAAUGAUGCGAAAGAAGCAAAAGAGAAGGCUGCACGUGCCAAACAACUACAAGCGCAGGGUCAAGGCUCACCGGCGCAAAAGCAAGCCUCCCCGGAUGCUCGCCCUGGCUCAGCGUCAAGUGGCAAUCGACCGACUUCCGCCGGCGGAAACGCCAAGCCCACUGUGAAUGGCACACCGAACGGCGCUGUGAAAGGCGAAGGGAACCAGGGCACGCCAAAAGGAACUGCUGCGGACACUCCCGCACCCCCGAAGAAGCCAUGGGAUCAUGUGGAGGACAUUUCUGCUAUCCUUAAGACUGCGUUCCCUCUCCUUGCACUUUCAAUGGAGACUAUGCUUGACCAGAUCCAGAAGAACUUCAAGUGCCCACCUGAUGAGGAUGCUUAUAGGCUUAUCGUAGCUCUACUCAACGAUGGCUUGUCUUACGUCGGCCGCCAACCCCAUUUCUACGCACAGGAAAUUCGCCUUCCUGCGUCGACUGAGGCGAACAUCACGCGCUUCGCCGAGUCGGUCCUCCCGCCUCACAUUCGCAAAGCAUUCGAGGCUGACUUUGUCACUCAUAAACCCACUAUGUAUGAGUAUAUACAGAAGCUGCGGAUAUGGAGGAAUCGAUUCGAGGAGCGGCUAGACCGAAGAAAGCUUACUGUGCCCCUGGAGUCCUACACACACCAACUCAACGAAUUCAGAUUCCUCAAAUUCGAUGACGUCGAAGUGCCUGGACAGUACCUGCAGCAUCGCGAUAAGAACUCGGACUUUGUUCGCAUUGAGCGCUUCCUGCCUGAUGUGGACCUGGUCCGGGGUAUUGGUAUCUGUCACCGUCGACUUAAGAUUCGAGGUCAUGACGGAAGUAUUCACCCCUUUGCUAUCCAAUUCCCCGCUGCAAGGAGCUCAAGGAGGGAAGAGAGGAUCCUGCAGUUGUUCAGGAUCUUCAAUGGGAUCUUAUCCAAACGCAAGGAGAGCCGGAGGAGGAAUCUCCAGUUCCAUCUUCCUCUUAUGAUACCAAUCACGCCAAGUGUGCGCAUGGUGCAGGAUGAUGUUUCAUACAUCAACAUGCAAGGCAUUUUCGAAGAUUAUUGCAGGAAGAAUGGCGUCAACAAGGACGAGCCUGUGCUGUUCAGUAUUGAGAAGUUGAGAGCGCUACAACCUAAGAACAUUGAGCACGCUAAUAGCAUUCGAUUGGAGACGUUUGCUGCGGUGCAGGAGAAAUAUGUUCCCCAGACUGUAAUGUCUGACUACUUCCGAAGCACCUAUCCUAAUUUCUCGGACUUCUGGCUCUUCCGCCGCACAUUCUCAUACCAGCUCGCUGCUCUCACCUUCAUGACUUACGUCAUGCACAUGAACACACGCUACCCGCACAAACUCAGCAUUUCCCGCGCAUCUGGACGCGUCUGGGGCUCCGAGCUUAUCCCGUCUAUGGCGGUUGGAAAGCCCAUCCUGCACAACAAUGAACCCGUCCCCUUCCGUCUCACACCCAACCUACAAACACUCAUGGGACCCCUCAACCUCGAGGGCAUCUUCGCAUCUGCUGUCAUGACCGUCGCCCGAUGUCUCAUCGAACCAGAAGGCGAACUCGACAUGCAACUUGCAAUCUUCAUGCGCGACGAAAUGAACCAUUGGUUCACAUCGCAACACAAGCCGCUUGGACCUGAUAUGCUUCGUGAGGCGGUGCAGCAGAAUAGCGAUCUAGUAGUGAAAAGGGCAACGAGUAUUGGAAGCUUGCCUGGCGGCGCUAAUUUGCCGGCUAAUCAGACUGUGGUGGAUUUGGUGGCGAUUGCGGUGAAUCCGGUCAAACUGUGUCAGACAGAUCCGCUUUGGAUGGCGUAUUUGUAAGUGGGAAAUAGGAAAGGGGUUUGGCGUUGUGGUGCGGAUCAAGUGUGUUUGGUUCUCUGGUUCUCUUUUCUUUUCUCUUUUGGGGGGUCUGCGAGCCGUAUGUCUUUUGGGACUAUUCAGUUUCUUUAUGGAGUCUUUACGUGGUUACUUGUGACUGGGGUGUAGUGUGGAGUAUGGAAUUCGCCUCCGGGUCGAAAAGAGAUCUGUGAUUAUGAAUGUAUGGUAUGGUGUUUUCUGAAACCACUGUAUUCUGUUCUUCACUUGCAUGGUUUGGAAUUCAAAUGGAAAACAAUUCCUGCUGUUACUUAAAAGGUAGUUUGAAG